UACAAAAUCUUUUGAAACCCGAUAGGAAUUCUGUAGAAGGUUUAUCUACAGCCCACUAGCUACGUUAAUACCAACAUUAUUACGAAAAAUCAUAUUUGCAUUAGCAUUAUUUACCUUGGUAAUAUUGUUUCGAAGUUUACCAAUGUUUAGUUUCGAGGUCUAGGGUUAAAUAAACAUUUGACGUAAGCAUUUUUGAAGCUCUUUAAUCUAUAUUUUGUGGUAUUUUCUGAUUAGAUUAAUUGAGACUGUCCUAGUGAAAGCAUAUAAAUUAACGAUCACACAUAUCCAACAGUAAAAUGAAUAUGGUACUCCACUUCACCCUCAUCUUAUCAUACUUCUAUUACAUUAAGGCAGUAAAGAAUCAGACAGAAAGAGGUACAAGCAGCUGCUUACACUAUCUUUUCCAAACACAAGAAGCGUCUAGUCAAAAAAAAUGCUUUCAAAUGUCAACAGAGUUCUACAAAAUAAAAAAAAGAUGUUUCAAAGAGUAUCGUAAGACAUGCAGCGGUCCCACAAUGCUGCGAAGACUCCUAGUAAAGGCCAAUAACAAUCUUGGUACCGAUAGCUUUCAUUACCUUCUAGGACUCCAUACGUCAAAAGAAGAAGAUAAAAAUGGCUGCUGGGGCGCUUUACUUAACUAUAAAACAACUGACGGCGACGUCAAUAAAUGCAUGUACAAAAAAAACAUGAAAGGAGACUCGGACUUUAUAUUUUCAUUUUACACAAACAAAACUUAUGCAUUGAAUGUAACAUUGUUACCGACUGGGAGCAUGAUAUCAACCACUUGGACAUCACCAAGUCAUUGCCAACUAUCCGCUUCUUCCUAUAUUGGCGAAGUUAUUGCAAAGAAGUUCAAAUCUCAUAAUUACUGCUUUAAUAAAGGUCCACCUGGUUUAGUAAGCACCUUUGCAAAGAUGCAAUGCGAGAAACAUGGUUAUAAUCAGUUUGAAGUUAUAAACAUGCUAACCAAGCAACUCCAAGUGACCAGUGAUUGCAGGUUCCGUUUAGUGAAAGGGAUUGAUCACGAAAAAAAGGGAAAAUCAAAUCAAGAAACAACAAAUCAGGAAGAAUCAAAAGACCACUCUUUGACAAUUACUUUUAUCAGUGUAUCUAUAUUGUUUAUUCUUCUUGUAAGCGCAGCAUAUCUUGUUGUACGGUUUAGAAGGAAAUCAACUAUAUUGCUUGCAAAGUCCCAAGAUUGUCUUGAAACACAAAGAUUUGUCCAGGUCUCGAAAUCAGAUAAUGGUGGUACAUCGGUUAUGAUUUUAAACCGCCCUGGAUGUGAGCUUUUGGAGGAAUUUCUUUGCGAUUUUGCCUUUGUACUCAGUUCUUAUGGAAUUAGCGUAAAGAUGGCAUUACUCGAACAAAAUGAGAUUGAUGCAGACGGAGGAAUAGCAUCGUAUAUGCAGAAACAUAUUAAUAAAUGCGACUACAUUCUUAUUAUGUGCACGGAAAACACAAACGAAAAGGAAGAGAUUAUAAAACACAGGCCUUACGAGUUUGCAUUGAAAAUUAUUGGAGGAUUGGCAUUUCAUCAAAACGACUCUUCUCGUUAUAUUCCAAUGUAUUUAUCAUCGUAUAAAGAAUCAGUCAAAAUCAUACCAUCAUUUUUAAAUGCAUCAACAUCGUUUGGAUAUCAGUUGCCACAAGAUAUGAAAAAGUUACUUUUGAGAAUUACUACUGAAGAGCAGUUACAAGCAACCAGUGAAAGGAUGGUGAAAGAUGAAUUUUUUAUCAAUAGAAUGAAUGAACAUAGGAGAAAGAUAAUUACAAAGGAGCAUCCGCAUUGCAUUAAAGAAUACUGCACAAAGGGUACAAACUAUGGCAGUAUAGUGAACCUUUCAUCAUUAUGGCCAACAACUGAUCAAUCUUCUAAAUGGUCCACUUUUUCAUUUUCGUCAGACGAUGUUAUAAAAGAUCAAACGCCGCACGAAAAUGUAUUGGAUGUAUGAACCAUCUUGAUUUAAUUUUUACAAGAUAAAAAUCAUAUCAGCUAUAUUUUGUAAUAACACUGUGUAAACUAUUUAAAUUUGUAAAUUGUGUACUGAAAUAUAUUUAAACUUCGUUCUCGUC